AUGCAAAACAUAACUUCGUUCCAUUUUUUUGAACCCGAAACUUUCAUCAGUUCAAAUAAUAAUGGAAGUCCAAAAAGGAGAGUAUCAAACAUGUUUAUAUCAUAUCGUAAAGAAAUGAUGAUAUAUAAACCACAUAAUAUGUCAAUGACCGAGUACAGCAAACUGGUAUCUUCGUGGUGGAAGAAGAUACCAAAUGAAGUAAAAACUGAAUUACAAAGGCGAUAUCAAAUCAAUAGAGAUCAAAAAUUACAAAAUAAGGUCAACGAAACCGAUCAAUGCAAUGGCGAUAAUAAUUUUAUUUAUUGUUUUAUGUCAAAUAAUGAACCUGAAUCAUCAAAAAAUGAAAAUGUCAAAUUGCAAUCAAGAUAUCAAUCAAACCAAGAUCAAAAUUUACAAAACAAGACCGACUUAGAUCAUACGGAUGUUUCCCCUAAUCCUCCAUACGCCUUGAAUGAUCUUGUUACAAGUGAGUCUAUAUUACAAGAUCAAGUCAUCGACUGUGAAUCACCAUACGAUUAUCAACUUCUUAUUCCCAAUUAUUCCAACUCUAAUGGAAUUAUUGACAACGGUAAAUUAUUUAAUAAGAUGAUACGAGAUUGUUAUCUCACAGAUAUUCCCUCCGAAAUAUUUUUUAAUAAUGAUCUCGAACAUACAUAUCAUUAUUAG